AUUGGAAUUUGUAAACAAACCUGGGUGAUAAGCCGCAAUUCCUACCUAUAUCAACCCUUUCUGGCUCGAUCGCCAAAUGGGAAGCCCCUAAGCUCACUAUCUCCUUAUCGCCAUCGAGUGGUCUCCUUUGGCUUUCCCAGAUAGGAGUGGGUAUAAAAGCUCGCUUGGCGAGGACCUAUCCAUCAGUUUACUUCAGUAUCCGAAUCAACAUGAAGGCUUUCAUCGUUUUGGUUGCCCUUGCUCUGGCCGCCCCCGCCCUCGGUCGCACCAUGGACCGUUGCUCCCUGGCCCGCGAGAUGUCCAACCUGGGCGUCCCCCGCGACCAGCUGGCCCGCUGGGCUUGCAUUGCCGAGCACGAGAGCUCCUACCGUACCGGAGUGGUCGGCCCCGAGAACUACAACGGCUCCAACGACUACGGCAUCUUCCAGAUCAACGACUACUACUGGUGCUCUCCCCCCAGCGGUCGCUUCUCCUACAACGAGUGCGGCCUGAGCUGCAACGCCCUCCUCACCGACGACAUCACCCACUCCGUCCGCUGCGCCCAGAAGGUCCUCAGCCAGCAGGGCUGGUCCGCCUGGUCCACCUGGCACUACUGCAGCGGAUGGUUGCCGUCCAUCGAUGACUGCUUCUAAGCCUGAUUUCGACCCACAAUAAAAUGAUUGCAUCAAAAA